UUAUCUUAUCGCCCGUGCUGGGAGAAUGAAGAACAGGAAAAUAACGAUCAUCAUAUCAUACUAUCUCCGGUCAAUGCGGUACUUUCGGAGAAAUUUCUCCGGUGGAGAUGUACUAUUAAAGUAAGGUACAAUACCUUCAGGCGCUGACUAGCAUGCCCUCCGCCUCAAACUAAAUCCUGUGAGAACACCUGUCAGAGGGAAAAAGAUAAACAUGCGCUGGGAAGUCAAUUGGUCCCGGCUCUUGAGCUUGAGCCUGCUGGGGACCAGCGUCGUACAGGCGGUUGACCUGAGUCGCACGGCGCAGGAUCUCUUCGACGAGUCGAUGGUGAUUCAAGACGCCAUCUAUGAUCCCGCUGCCUCGUAUCUCCGCUAUUUCUACUUCCCGCUGGCUGCGGGGCCCCAUGAGACACGGUCGACCAUCUGGUAUGCGGCAGGGUUACUGCAGCGGAAUCGAGGUGAGGAUCGCCAGGAGGCAGUCAAGAUCUUGCAGAAUGUUAUUGGGGAUCAGGAAAAGAAUACUUCGGUGCAGUGGUAUGGCGAUUAUACCAAGUACCCAGAACAACCGACCGUGGGAACCCCGGCAUACCCUCCAGUGAUCUAUAACUCGUGGGAUCCCAACUGGAGAGGGUUUAUCGGCACCGCAUUGAUUGUCAUUUACGAGGAAUUUGGGCACCUGUUGCCAGAGAGUGUGCAGGGACUCGUCCUCGAAAGUCUGUACAACAACACCAUCGGUGACACAUAUCGCGUCGGCGGGGUCGACGGCGAUAACCUCUACCCUGCGUACUCGAAUGCGUGGCUGAUGCGGACGGUGGUAGGCUCGUGGACCGGGCGCAAAUUCGCCAACACCAACAUGACCGCCGCAGGCGACAGCGACGCCCUCGCGUUUUUGGAGUUGUUCAACCGCAAUAACACACUCUCCGAGUUCAACGGGCCCACCUACGCCGGCGUCUCGCUGUAUGCCCUCACCAUCGCGGCUAAGUACCUCGGCUCGACCAACGCCACUAUCGGCCAGCACGCAACGCGCGUGAUCGAGGCAAUCUGGGGGUACGAGUCGCAGCUGUGGAAUGCGAAUCUGCGCAACUUCGCCGGUCCGUGGGAUCGAUCGUACGGGUACGAUAUGAACAAAUACGUGGCCAUCAUGUCGCUGUGGGUGUGGUCGCUCGUCGGCAAGACGCACGUCUUCCCCAACGCCACCUCGCCGAUCUGGACAAUGGCGCACGCAGACGACUUCGAGAUCGCACCGCUGGUCAAUAUCCUUGCGGACUUCCAUCAGACCCUCGUUCCGGCUGCCGCCCGCGCACGGCUGACCUCGUUCGCGGACGACGAGCAGCGAACCUACACCGGCCACGCCUAUGCGCCUCCCGCCGACCUCGAACCGCGCAACAUCACCACCUGGCUCUCUGCCAACCUGACAAUCGGCACGGCCUCUUUCAACCAGUCUGUUGUCGGCGGGUUCUCCGAGGACUCGACCUCCUUCAGCCCCGCCGUUGUGCAGUGGCUCCGUCCGGACGCUUCGAUCGGAUACUUCAACCUCUAUCCCGAGGAAACCGCCCUUGUCGCCGAGGUCGCACCAUACGCUCUGAAUCUGACCUACCCCCUAGGUAACACGUCAAGCACCUUCACCUUUGUGCUCGCUUCCAAUCCGCUCGGGGCGAAGCGAGAUAUCACUGGCUUUGAGGAUGUGGAUGGACUCUCGAUUAAGGUCGUAGGGGGUACGGUCGAUCCGGUCCCUGAAAUCUCGUUUUGUGGACUCUUGGGCGGGACGUGUGAUGUUAUUCACAACUUCGAGUUCUGGAAUUUCACCUUCUCUAUGCCACCAACUAGCUCUGCAGUUCCGAGCGUGCAGUUUGAGUUCGCCUUUUAGAGGAAGUCGCAUCCGGACAGACGCAAAGAUUCGUUGUCUGUAAGCUAGAUUGGUGCUUGGCGGCUUGGAUUUGGCAUCAACAAUCAUGCAAGACUUCAGCGUGAAACAAAUAUC